GUCUCUCAAAAGACACAUUUAAUUGGUUGUUGGAUAGCAAAUUUCAAGUUCACACUUUCAUCGCACCAUUUGAACGUGCUGGUCAAAUAGACUUGGCGUUAAUUUUAUCAAUUGGAGGCCCAUUAUUUUGAUUAUUUUGUGCCUUAAUAAAUUGGCAUUCGCUUCUUAGGUUAUACUUUAAAUUUUAAACACCUCCAACCCCCCAAAAAAUUUGUUAUAUCUCCUUUGAGUAUGUCGGGAAGCAGCGGUGACACUGAAGUAAUGAUUCCGAGUUCGAGCGAUGAACAGCGAAGCGACAGGGCCAGUACAAACAAGUUGGACCACCCCCACCCGAUGACGAAAGAGGGGGACCAUUGCCACACAGACCUCAAUGUGAGUCAGAGCGAGUCGAAUGCAGCGAGGAACAAGCUGAUGUUGGCUAGUUCUCUGGUGCUGGUGUUUAUGGUGUGUGAGUUUGCGGGUGGUUUCUUGGCAAACAGUCUGGCAAUCAUGACAGACGCAUUCCAUCUGCUGUCUGACUUCGCUGGCUUCUGCAUCAGUCUGUUCGCCAUCUGGUUCGCCAGCCGACCUGCCACCAAAAACAUGUCUUUUGGAUAUUACCGCGCAGAAGUUCUGGGUGCUGUGAUCAGUGUGUUGUUGAUUUGGGUCCUCACAGGCGUCCUUGUUUACAUGGCCAUUUUCAGAGUGAUCAACAGAGACUACGAAAUAGACGCAGACGUCAUGCUGAUAACAGCCGGUUGUGGGCUGGCUGUGAACAUAGUGCUUGGAGUGGUUCUUUACCAGGCGGACAUACCACAUGACCACGGAGGAUUUGGACAUAGCAGUCAUGGGCCCAGUCACAGCCACAGCCAUAGUCUCAGUCAUAAAAAACAACAGCAACAUGACACCGAGUCCAAAGCUAUCAUGCGGCCAAACUCAAACUACCACGCGACGAUUAAUGACGACUCAAAUAUGAGCGCUGUCAACUCGCAAGACAUCGAGCAAGAGCUGUCGGAGGGUCGCAACAUCAACGUGCGCGCUGCUUUCAUUCACUGUCUCGGUGAUCUGGUCCAGAGCACAGGUGUGCUGAUUGCAGCUGGAAUAAUAAAAGUGAAGCCUGAGUGGGUUCUGGCCGACCCCAUCUGUACGUUCUUCUUCUCAAUUCUGGUUCUGUUUACCACUCUGACCAUCAUGCGAGAUGCAGUCCAGAUUCUGAUGGAGGGAAAACCUUCUGGAUACGAGUACGACCAGAUUUCGGACGAGCUUACGGCGAUUGCAGGGGUGAGGACUGUUCACAAUUUGCAUGUAUGGUCCCUGUCCAUAGACAAGGUGGCAAUUUCAGUCCACUUGACCAUAGAGAGAGAUGCAGACCAAGAGGAAGUGUUGAAACAAUCCACCAAGAAACUCAAGUCCAACUUCCAGUUUUCACACACCACAGUGCAGGUGGAGCACUACCUGCCCCACUUGAUGGAUGAUUGCAAACAGUGCAAUGGGCCAGACAAAUAGAAACACACACAUGGACAAAUACUCGAGUUAUUGAGCAAAAUUUGCCACGUUUUUUUCCACAUUUGGUUUGCCCGAUACUGAUGUUCUGUAAAUUAUGCUAUCCCAUUUUAGCUCCAGAAGUCAUCCACUUUUAUUGCUAUAGAUUUUAUUCGUAACGGCGGUAAUUUUUCUUUUCACUCAACUUGUUUAUAAACAAACAUGCGUGUCCAGAGGUUCUCAGAGUAGCCGUUUCACCACUUACAAAGCAAACAAUUGUCAUUGGUACUGGUUUUAAGUAGCCGAGCAUUUGAAAACCAAACGGACACGCCCAUGUUCUUAUCAUUUUAUGUAAAUCUCACAGAUUUUAUUUGGAUUACUUGAAAUUAAUUGCUUUGGAUUGCUA